GUGCUGAACCUGGAGCGAGUGCAUGCUCUGGCAACCUGGCUGAAAACAACCAACACCAAACUGAUUCAAGUCAAUGGUCAGAGGAAAUAUGGAGGACCACCAGAGGGCUGGGACGGCCCCAACCCCGGCGCUCGCUGUGAGGUCUUCAUCAGUAAUAUCCCGCGCGACGCCUACGAGGACCUGCUCAUCCCCCUCUUCAGCUCGGUGGGUUCUCUGUGGGAGUUCAGGCUCAUGAUGAACUUCAGCGGGGAGAACCGCGGCUUCGCGUACGCCAAGUAUGGCUCCUCGAGCGUCGCCGCCGACGCCAUCCGUGUGCUGAACGGCCACGUGCUGGAGGCGGGCUCCUGCAUCAACGUGCGCUACAGCACCGAGAAGAGACACCUGUGUAUUAACCAGCUGCCAGUUGACACCAAGCAGGAGGAGCUGCUGAAGGUUGUGCGCGCGAUGGUGGAGGGAGUGGACAGCGUGUCUCUGAAGGCGGGGCCUGGGAUCAAUGGAGUGUCGGCGAUCGUGGCUUUCUCAUCUCACCACGCUGCCUCCAUGGCAAAGAAGAUUCUAGCGGAAGCUUUUAAGAAGCAGUUUGCUCUCAACAUCUUCGUGAAGUGGCAGAUAGCGGUGAAGCCGAGUCUGGAUGAGCCGCUGUUGCUGGAGGCGUCGCCGCUGAAGCGCCCGUGCCUUUUCCUGACUCCGUCCCAGCGUAAAGCCCCGCCUCCUCGUCUGACCUCUCAAACUCCCAAUCUACCAACGUCCUGCAGAGCAGUGGGAGGACCCACUGCCCCUCCCUCUUCCUCCUCCUCCUCCUCCUCCUCGUCUCAGGGUCAUGACGUGUCCGUGCCUCUCCCUGCGACGCUGCUGCAGAAGCUGUGUGAGAUGACCGGCUUCAGUCAGCCGCUCUAUGAGUUGCACUACAGCUACACUGGGCCUGAUGGAUUCCUCCACUUCACCUACAAGGUGCGCAUCCCCGGGAUAACCCUGCCCUUCACGGGCGCGGUCAUGAUCUUGCCCGGACCCAGCGUGGGCGGCCUGUUGGAGGAGGCUCAGCAGGCGGCGGCGCAGCAGGUCCUGCACAGAAUCUACAGCACUCAGCUGUGAGCUCGCUCCUCUUCUGCAGCACUGUUUGUUUGUUUGUUCGUUUGUUUGUUGAUUUAUGCAUGUUUUUAUUCCAGUAGUGGUAGAAGUGUUUGUGUGCUUUGUUUUACGCAUGCUUUUUGUCGUGUUCCUCAUUUUUAAUUAAAACAUGUUUAAAUGUAACGCUGCAACUCCCAUUUAAAAUAUAAAUAACACAUUUAAG